AUGGACUAUGAAAUGGACAUCGAGCCCACCGGGCCCCAGGUCACAGUGCGCGAGGCCGAACCCUACCGCGUAGACUUCAAACUCAGCUCCGUCGACCUCGCCUUCGCCAACUCCCUCCGCCGCGUCAUGCUCGCCGAAAUCCCUACAAUGGCCAUCGACAUCGUCGAAGUGGAAAAGAACUCUUCUGUCCUUCCCGAUGAAAUGCUUGCACAUAGACUGGGCCUGAUCCCGCUGGACUCGAAGAACUGCGACCAGGACGUCGAGUAUACGCGCGACUGCGAGUGCGAGGACCACUGCGCCCGGUGUAGUGUUACACUCUCCCUUCAUGCGCGCUGCACAAGCGACGAGAUCAUGCGUGUUUAUGCGCGGGAUCUAGUUAUUGCCGGGGAGCGCGCGAAUGAGUGGGUUGGAAACCCGGUUAUCACAGACCCAGAGGGGAAUGGCCCGCUUAUUUGCAAGUUGAGACGCGGACAGGAGCUUAAAAUGACUUGUAUCGCGAAGAAGGGCAUUGCGAAGGAGCAUUCGAAGUGGGCACCUACUGCGGCGAUCGGAUUUGAGUAUGAUCCGCAUAAUAACCUCAGGCACGUGGAUUACUGGUACGAGGAGGACCCGAUCAAGGAAUGGCCCGUCUCCCAAAAUGCUGCCUGGGAACACGCAGCUCCCGCAGACCAGCCGUUUGACUAUGACGCUCAACCUAACAACUUCUACAUUGACGUUGAAAGCAUUGGAAACCUCGACCCAGAUAUGAUCAUUCAGCAGGGAAUCAUCGUUCUCCAGCGCAAACUCGCCUCCGCCAUCUCGGCUCUCUCGGGCAAUGCUGAUCAGAACGGCAUCGCCGACGAAGAUAUGAUGGGUGUUCAAAGCCCAGACGCCUAUGAGCCUCGCGAGGAUGGCAGCUAUACAGCGUAUGCCAAUGGCGGAAACGCAAGUGCUUGGGGUGGUGCUAAUGCUACGACGCCCUACGGUGCUACUCCGUAUGGCGGCGGCGGUUAUGGGUUCUAA